CUCCCGCACCGACAGCGCGGAAAUCAUCGGACUCAGAUGGCAAUUCAUCCGACUCGCCCAUCGAAGACUGGAGAGAGCUGUUUAGUGACGAUGAAAUGGUCAGAAAGCCACGCUUCACUCCUGCAGGACCGCUUAAAAAUCACGACGAGCACUACGAAUCUGAAGAAGAGGGGCUUCCUGAUCCUUGGGAUGCUAUUUGCAUCGUGGGAAUCCGCGCCUACUCCAUGGACGAGAAUCUUGAGGUCCAAGUCGUAAUGGAAGGCAGCGAGGGUGGUAUAGGCAAGAAGGGAGAGGCGGAUCUCGACAAGGCGAACGAAUCGACGCAGAUGAAGGCGAAGAUAUAGUCAGGUCCGAUAUCAACCAACCCUGCGGCUGAGAAAACAGAAGCGACCCAAUGUAUCACUGGUGGAAGAGACCACGAUGACAGUGAUGCAGUGGAUGAAACGAACGGGGGCUCCAUGUCGGAGAAGUCCGACAAGAACAGCGUCGACUCUACAGACUACUACAAGCUCCAGCCAUCAGUGAAGUGAGGUUCGGAGAAGGCAUGUUGACAUCAGAAGCGAGGCAAUGUAGUCGGAC